GACGGUUUGAAAUUAAACUCAAAGAAAAGAUACCGUUCCGUUACAAACGUCUCCCUUUGACCUUUCCAUCCUCACUCCGAUUAUUUCUCACAGAUUUCUCUCUCCACAGCACCAGUGAAUCAGUAAUCUCUUCAAGUAUAUCUCCUGGAAAUUCAUGUCGGAGGAGAAGGGUAGGCCAUUGCCGAAGUUUGGAGAUUGGGAUGUUAAUGAUCCUGCUUCAGCUGAGGGUUUUACUGUGAUUUUUAAUAAAGCCAGGGAUGAGAAGAAGACAGGUGGUAAGACAGAGUCGCCAACAAAUGUAGAUCCUGGUUUUAAGCAAGCCAGUGCCCCUGUAAAGAAACCUCCAGCUAAGAAAUGGCGAUGCAGCACUAAAAUACACACGCAUGCACUUAUAUACAGUCCGUAUGGCUUGUACCAUUAUCCAAGUACAUAUUCAUAACCAUUUAUCCCUCCGUCCCAUGAUUAGAAAUCAACCUUAUACUUCGGAUAACAUGACUAGAAAUCAACCUUAUACUUCGGAUAGCGAACCCUAUGCUUCCAAAUGGAACAGGUUGAAACUUAGGUUUGAAGUUCUUUAGUUCAAAGCUUUUAUUUUGUAUAAAGCUUAUUGCUUUAUACAGUUAUCAACUUUUCUUUAUGACCACACAAAAUUUCUCUAAAGUUAGCCAUACCACACUCAAAAGUUAAAGGUUCAUAGUGUAAGUGGAGGAAGUAGUAUUCAACGUUGUACUUGAUUGGACGUGUAAAAGUUUACCGCAAAUUUAGUAUAAGCUGUGUCAAGGAGACAAAGGGUCCUAUUUCUGCUCUUUCAACAAUUUACUAUCUUUCAAAAAUGUGUGUGUGUGUAAAUAUUUCAGAAAACUUAGCAGUUGUGCAACCAAUUCCUACUUCCAAGUUCCAAUAGCUGUUUUGCUUUAGUUUUUGGAACAAUCAAGCGCAUUUUUCCUGUACUGUUUAACCCCUAUAUUGUUUCUAUUCCCCUCCAUUUUUACUGAUUUUCCCCUUUUAUCGAGCUUUUACGCCAUGUUCUUGAAUUUGGGGAUAAAAAAUAUGGAUGGAAAAGAAUGCGAGGGAAAAGAAAGGAAAUAAUUUUUUUGUGUUCGUGGAAAGGAAGGAAAGGAAAGAAAAAUAAAAAUUUUCAUGUUCUUGACCAGGAGAGAAAUGAAAGGAAAGAUGUGAUUUUUACAAAUAUAUCCUUUAUAAUGAAAUGUUAGGUAGUUUUGUAAUUUUAAUGAUCUUUUAAGGGUUUUAAUUUCUUUCCAACCUUUCCUUCCCUUCCUUUCCACACUUGGAAGCAAAGUUUUGGGAGGAACCUUCUCAUUAUUUUCGUUCCGUUCCUUUUAUGAAGUUUCAAGAACACACGUCUUUUUUCCUUUCCUCCCUUUUCCCUCUCUUUCAUUUUCUUUGUAAAAAGCGUUUCGACAAUACAUCAUAAAAAAGCUCGGCCUUUGUUUGUUAGUCUUUGCAAGAUUUGAUUUUU